AUGUCCCCAUAUAGACUUGUGUAUGGAAAAGCCUGCUAUCUACCUCUAGAACUCGAGCACCGCGCAUAUUGGGCUAUCAAAUAUCUGAAUUUUGAUCUUCUUCCUGCGCAGAAGAAGCGCGCCGAACGACUGCUCGAUCUGACUGAGUUCCGAUAUCUUGCAUAUGAAAGCACAAAACUCCAUAAGGAAAUGAUGAAAUUCUAUCACGACAGGAUGUUGAAGAAGAAAGAAUUGACUGAGGGAUCCAAGGUUCUGUUAUACGAUACUAGGCUUCACUUAUUCCAAGGGAAAUUGAGAUCACGGUGGACUGGGCCAUAUAUAGUCAGACAAGUUCUGCCAAGUGGAGCCAUAAGAAUCAGUAAUGUGGACAACCCCAGGGAAAGCGAUUCCUUCCUUGUCAAUGGAGCGAGAUUGAAACCAUAUAUUGAAGGGCCUAUUUUGCAGCGGGCCAAUGCAGAUAUUAAUCUGGUGGAGGUGCAGAAACUCGCUCAGUGA